AUGCCAUCUUUAGUAGCAUACGGGCGCAAAUGGAAUAUAGCCAGUGACGACUUUGUAUUUCCUGAAAUAACUGAAGCUCUUGUACGACUAUCAUGGAUGGCCUUCGCAUUUGCCGUUUUCAUCCUGCAUUUUCCCUUAUCAUGUACCGGCAAGGAUAUGACGUUAUCAUUGCUGACACUCUUGUUCAUCAAUGGUGUGACAGUUGCAUUAGCAUUACUAACGGCAGGGAUUUCGGCCAAGGGUUCAAUUAUGCAUCCACAUCCUAGACGGCAUGUCGCAACUCUUCUUUAUAUACGGCUACCAAUAUUUAUUGUUGAAAUUGUAUUAACUGUGUUCUCCACUAUAAGCGCUUUUCGGCCUGAUCCUCCUGAUUCUGUGUGUCACUUCUCGAAUAUUUUAAAAGUAACUGUGAGCUUGGAAUGGCUGCUAAUUGUGAGCGUAUUUGUUGGAGUGAUCGUUGUAUUCAAUCCGGUCAAUGAAGACAAUCUUGAAGACAGUUCUGCUAUCGCACGAAGGACAUGGUCGAGAAGAUUCAAGAUUUUCACAAUUCGACAAGAAGCACCGAUGCGAGCUGCAAUGGAAGAUCUUGCCAAUUUGGUGAGCUCGUUUUUCUCCGACAUAGAUGUCGUGUUCAGCGAUGUUGCUGCCGGACUGUUUCUUCUCGCUCAUUCGCCUGCUAACAUGAAGAGCCGAAGAUUUUGCUUUUGCAUUCUUUCAGAACGGCCUAGCUGGAUGACAGCGGAAAACGCAUUGCAUUUUCAACACUUCUCUGCAUCUGUAUAUGGGUGGCCGACAUAUUUACUACAUAAUUGCGGUCUAAGGGCUGUAUACCGCCUAGUUCGUAAAAUGCAAUGCUGUGGGCGACUACGAUGUGAUCAGAAGGAUAAUGGUGACAUGGUCAUGCAUAGCAUCCGUAGCGGCCGCGAUACCCAAGUCGAACGGAAUGAGCUGUCCAAACCGAGUGUUGAGGUACUAAUUGUUGAGGAUAAUUGUUGUUUCUGCAAUACAGCGGCUUUCACGCUGGCCACGGAAGAUAAGAAUGUCGAUUUGUUCUUCGUCUCAUUCCGGAAUGGACUGUACGAGGUACUAAUUGUUGAGGAUAAUUGUUGUUUCUGCAAUACAGCGGCUUUCACGCUGGCCACGGAAGAUAAGAAUGUCGAUUUGUUCUUCGUCUCAUUCCGGAAUGGACUGUACGAGGUGCCUUUCGUGGUGUUGGCUGAUCAUGAAACUCGCAGUAUUGUUAUCACAAUUCGUGGAUCUUGUUCAUUGGUCGAUCUCGUGACCGAUCUUUGCUUAGAUGACGAAGUGCUGUCGAUAGAUGUUGAUGCUGAUCCAUUGUUACGAACUGAUGCCACAUUAGAUGCAGAAGGAGAAGUAAGAGUACACAGAGGAAUGCUAAUGAGUGCACGAUACGUUUUUGAUACUCUCAGAAGACAUUCAGUGCUCGAAGACCUUGCCGUAUUGAACACCAACUAUCAGCUUGUGGUUUGUGGGCAUUCACUUGGUGCCGGUGUUGCUUCGUUACUUACGUUGUUACUCAAACAAGAAUACCCCGAUGUCAGAUGUUUUGCGUUUGCUCCACCUGGAUGCGUAAUAAGCGGAAACGGUUUACAUGAAAUGGAACAGCACGUAAUGAGUAUUGUCAGCGGUGACGAUGUUGUAUCACGGAUAUCGUACCAUGCUAUGCAACGGUUACGUAUCAAAGUGGCGGCCGAACUAGAUGCGUGCACAAAGGCGAAAUAUGAAAUACUAAUUCGUGGAGUCUUCCGUAUCUUCUUCAAUCCAUCGUGGGAGGCCGGUCCGUUGUCUGGCAAUAAUGGCACUGUUACGGAUCGUGCCAAUCUCAUCACGGACGGUACAAAUCCGAAUGGUUCGUAUGGUGCAGCAGGAAGUGAAGCACCAACUACUGCCACGAUGAUUACGAUGGUAACCAAUGAACGGCUGGCUUCAAGAGUUGAGCUCUUCGCUCCGGGAAAGCUGUUAUACAUUGCUGAGGAUGAGAAUUUGGAGGGUGGAGUAUCUAGUCAAUGGAUCGAUCCGAAGUGA